AUGGCAACUGCAAAUUGCUUAGCUCAGAACAAAGAGAAAAAAGAAAGGAGAGAAAAAAGAGAUGUCCCAGACGACAUUCAAAAUUACAAGCCAGAGCCAUUCACUGAGAAAGGGCUCAAACAGUUUCUAGAGACAAGCUCAUUUGAAGUUAUGUUCCCAAAGCACAGAGAGAAGUACAUCAGAGAGACAGAGGAGUACAUAAGAAAGGCACUUGCCCAGAGAAGGCUUGCACUGAUCGUGGACUAUCACGAGCUAAUACUUAAAGUAGAGACCACACCGCACACAAGAGACCCAUACGUGAUUAUGGAGGGGAGGGAUGCUUUGAAGUUAGUGAGCCGAGGUGUACCUCUGGAGAAGGCAAUAAGAGUAUUUGAGGAUGGAAUAACCCAUGAUAUCAUUCCCAUAAAUGUAUUUACCAGAAACAAAGAAAUAUUUUUAAAAAGAAGAGAGCGUCUUAUAGGCCCACGCGGGAAUACCAUAAAAUCACUAGAGCUACUGACAGACUGUUACAUUCUUUCAUUUGGAAACACCGUGAGUGCAAUAGGCAACUACAAGAGUUUAAAAGAGGUAAGAAAUGUUGUUACAAAGUGCAUGGAGAACAUACAUCCGAUCUAUGAGAUAAAGAAGUUAAUGAUACGGCGAGAGCUUGAAAAAGAUCCAGCACUUAAAACAGAAAACUGGGAGAGGUACAUGCCGCAGUACAAGAAGACACACAGUAAAAAGAGAAAGGUCACGAUAGUAGAAAAAACCUACAGAAACACUUUCCCAGAGCCAGAGCAGAGAAAGCAAGACAAAGAGAUGAUGAGUGGCACGUAUGUUCAUAAAGACAGGCCAAAAAAGAAUUCCAGCCCAAACACAAAGAAAGAAUCCACAGAGGAUAUCUAAAAGUGAAUAUUAACAGACAAAUAAUAGAAAUAAAAUUAAAAUA